AUGACGGUGCAAAAGCUCUUUACCGUAUCCCUGGAUUAUUCCCUUUUCUGCCUGUAUAUAGAUAGUCCCUGCACUCUACGGGAGUUUGCGCGCGGAAUACGGCGGCCCGCAGAGGUCCGGUUGCGCACUUCCCCGGACACUCCACUCCCCGUAGACUGUCGACCGGCCCCACCCCGUACAAUCCCCGUCGACCGUCCAAUGCCGAACGGAGCCCGUCCCGACACCACCAACACCGGCUCCCGUCCCAUCGUCCGCCAACAGGAGUUCCCGAGCCGUCCCGAUACCACCCACCCCGGGUCCCAUCGUCGGUCGAUAAUGUUUUUCGAUCGGGAUCGUUGA